AUGAAGGUUGUGCUGAUCGAGUUCUUGGCCACCAACCGGCAUAACGACGUUCUGUUGAUUCUUGCGUGGCUCAUCAAGAACGAGCCGCUCGACAAGGCCAGAGCCUGCGCUGUGUUCGCAUGGGCCAAGCAGGGAUGGGAUGAUAGCCGGCGGGGAGACGCCCAGAAAUUCCUCACCGACCUUUGGGCCACCGUCUGCGAUGGCACAUCAAGUGCCGGGGAUGCCAUCGUGACGCUCCAAUUGGUCUACCGGCCUCCCGCGGCUGCGGUCGAGCGUGCGGUUGCACUGAUACAGAACGCGCUCGAACUGGAACAGGCCUGGGUCGAUGUCGACGGUGGCGAGUCGCUGCUCACUUAUCAGAAGGACCCCCACCCCGUGCCCAUCACGGAGCUCGUGCCCGAAGAACACCUGCCGCUGAUCAUGGAACACAUCGCGCUCCACCGACAGCGAGAGCCGGCGGUCUUCGCCCAGCCCACCUCUUCCGUAGCCAGCCUGGGCCUCACGCCCGAGCAGCUAGCGCUGCUGCCCGCCCACAUGCAAGCUGAGGUGGCCCGGCAACUCAAGUUGGCGACCCACCCGGACGAGCUUUGCCUGCCGGUGGGCUGGGAGGACUUGGAGCUCUCUCAGCUUGCUUUCAGCGCGCUGGGCGACUCGGAUCGCUGUUGGGCGCAACCGCACGCGUGGCGUUGCCUGCUGGAGCGAUUGUCGGGCCAAGCCGACCCCAAGCCCACUCGUCGACUACUGUACUGUUUGCUGAACAUGAUGAUGGCCGACCCACUGCCGGAAGAAACGAGCUACUACGCCCCCGAGCUCGACCCCGCGCUGGUGCAAGUGCUCAACGAGCUGGCCUUCGACGAUCGCUACGCGGCCUUCUGGCGCGUCGUCGACACCUUCAGCCAAGUAGAGGAGAAGGACGCCGAAGAAGAGGAAGAAGAAGAGAAAGGAGAGGAGGCUCCGCUGACCAAUCCUUUCCAGCUGUUCGGCUUGCCACCCGAUCGAUCGAGCCUGCAGGCCUGGCUUCAGACGCCCCUGCCGCCCCAUGUGGCCGGACGCAAACGAUUCCCGCACCUGGCCGGGCUGGAGGCGUUUGCCUGGGACUCGGUAGCACAAGCCUACGGCUCUGGAGUCGACCUGCCGAAGAACAUCCGAAGGCUCGUUGACAGCGAGCCGGAGCUACGGAUGUCCGCAUUGUACAACAUUGGCAUCUCCGCGUUCCAUCAGGGCACGUACUACUCCUCCACCCCGCUCGUUGCCAAGUGGAUCUCGGCUGUGCUGGACUACGAAGACAGCCCCGACAAGCCCGAGCUGGUCAAGUUUCUGCUUUCUCUGGCCGGGGAGCCGGGCCAAUGCAACUUGGCGGGGUUCGCGAGCGGCGAGAAUCCGAUCGGGCAGCCUCUGGCGCUUGAAACCCGCCAGGAGAUGCUCCUUGCGGUGCGCUCCUGA